AUGGCUUAUGCUGCCGUGAUUUCUCUCCGGCAAACGAUAGACCGCCUUCUAAACUCUCCCCACAUCUCGAUUCUUCCUCCUUUUACAGAGUUCAUAGAUUUCGAAACCUUAAAAGAACAAGAACAAAGAAUGGAUAGCAGCACAAGAUCGUUGUCUGAAGUUCUUCACGAGAUGCUGGGUGUGGACAGCAGCCAUGAAAGAGGAUCCCGAAAGAAGUUCUUACCGGAAAUCCUCGAAUUCGAUUCUCUACAAGAAUGUCUUCGAAGAUUGGAUGACAGCACCAGCAGCAGCACUAGUCAAAGGAUAUAUUCCCUCGAUGUACAGAUCAGAGAAACAGCAUAUAAAUUGGAGGAUAAAAUUGAAUCACAUGUCUUGAAUCAGUUUCUCCUCUCACAAUCUGAUGGCCCGCCAUCGUUGUUCUCCUUGGAUUUGCAGGAAGUAAAACAAGAUAUCGAUUCCUACACACGAAAGACGACGAAGCUGAAAGAUGAGUACGUUAAAGAAUUAAGCAACGACUCGUUGGCAGAAGAAGAAGAUGAUGAUGAUGAUGAUGAUGAUUCUGUUUCAUCAAGAACAGAGUUUGGUGGAAAAAAGUCAACUUUGGUUGGAUUAUCCGAUGAAAUUAUCUCUUGCGUAUACACCAUUGUGCAUCAGUUGUCAAAGGAACUUGAAAUCGUCUCGAUAGUCGGGAUGGCGGGAAUUGGUAAGACUACUCUUGCUAUUGAAAUCUUUGACCAUCCAGCGAUUCUUCAACAUUUCCAUCAUCGUGCGUGGGUGAAAGUAGGGCCAAAGUAUCAACUCAAAGAUAUCCUUCGUAGCAUUCUAGCACAAGUGAAUCUUGGCUAUGAUCAUAAAACGCUUGUGGAAGAAGGAGAUGGUGAAUUAGCCGACUUGAAAAGGGUGACGAGAGAGAGCUUGAUGGGUAGGAGAUACCUCAUUGUGUUGGAUGAUGUGUGGAAGAGGGUAGUUUGGGAUGAGUUGAAAAAGUUAUUACCGAAAAAAAGAAUCGGAAACCGAGUUUUGCUGACGACUCGGCUACAGGAAGUUGCUCACUCUGCUAGCUUUGUUAAUACUUUUGAAAAAUCCUUUAUGAAGAAAGAACAAAGUUGGGAUCUUCUUCGUGAGAAGGUGUUUGGUGAUGAAGAAUCGUGCUCGUACGAACUUGAGAAAGCAGGAAAAAAGAUUGCAGAAAAAUGUGAAGGUCUUCCUCUUACAAUUGUCGCUGUUGCUGAUAUCCUGUCCAAAUCUGAAAAGACUGUAAAGUACUGGAACAAGGUAGCUGAAAAACAAAAUUCUGUUUUCUUUGAUGCAUACGAGAAAAUUUCAAAGGUACUACUUCCAAGCUACAUUUACUUGCCUCAACAUUUAAAACCAUGCUUUCUCUAUAUGGGAGCUUUCCCUCAAGAUUAUGAUAUACCCCUCUCGAAACUCAUCAACUUAUGGAGCGCCGAGGGGUUUCUUGAAGUAAAGCCGUUCGAGACUUCAGAAUAUUUAGCUUGGGAAUGUUUGAGGGGUCUUGUCUCCAAAAAUGUUGCUAUGGUUCGCAAGAGAACCUCCCUCAAUGGAAUCAAAAGUUGCGGCCUCCAUUCCGCCUUUUGGCAUCUAUGCCUCAGAGAAGCAAGGAGGAACAAGUUUUUACACGUCUUAACUAGUUAUGCCGAUGGUUUAGCACAAGAUAUAGAAAACCAACGCCGAUUGUGCAUUCACAACAACGUUUUGUUCGGUAUCAAAGACGUGCACAAUUCAAUGACGUCUGUUUCAACUACACGUUCUCUUUUAUGUACCGGUCCAUAUCAUCAAUACUCGGUACCGGUAUGUUCCGAAUUGAGGUUGCUCAGGGUAUUGGACGCUCUUACAAUCCGUUUCUACGAGUUCCCAAUUGAAGUGUUGAAACUAAUUCAACUAAGGUACCUUGCCCUCACUUAUAAUGGGAUACUCCCUCCUUCCAUAUCCAAACUCUGGAAACUUGAGUACUUGAUUGUUCAUCGACAUUUUUGCAUCGUAAAAUCCGGUGCGAACUAUUCAUCGUAUCUACCUAUGGAGGUAUGGGAUAUGAAAGAAUUGAAGCAUCUUGAGGUCACUGGAAGAAACCUACCAAAUCCUAGUGAAGGGUCUCUCUUACCGAACCUCUUAACACUUUUAGAUGUGAGUCCUCAGAGUUGUACGAAAGAUGUUUUUGAAGGAAUGCCGAAUCUACAAAAACUAGGAAUUCGAAUCGAAUUUGCGCCUGAUGCUUCUGAAUCCUCGAACUGCUUCGAUCAUGUUUCUCAUCUGAAUGAACUAAAAUCACUUAAAUGUGUCGUUGUGAAUCCCGUGUUCGACACUAAGGUUGUUGCUCCUCCUAAAUUUUCAAUUUUUCCCGAACGUCUUAAAAAGUUAAGUUUGAGUGGUUUUGGAUAUCCGUGGGAAGAUAUGAACAAGAUUGCUUUGCUGCCUAAUCUUGAAGUGCUCAAGUUACAAUGCCAUGCCUUUCGAGGCUCCAUAUGGGAAAUGCAUGGCUCGGCAUUAUUCCGAGAGCUUAGAUACCUUCUAAUUGAAGACACUGAUUUGGUGCAUUGGACGGCCGAAGAUGGCAGCUUCCCCUGGCUUAAGCGCCUAAGCAUAAAACACUGCUACAAGUUAGAACGAAUUCCUCGGAGGCUAAUUACGUACGGAUUUCUCGAAUUGAUUGAGGUCGUUGACUGCAAUCCUUCAGUUGUGAAUGUUGCAUUGGAAAUAGAAGAGAGUAGAGAAAAGAGAAACAAUUAUAUUGAUGUUCGCAUCCGUUCAUCAUGGGAAGAUUGA